AUGGAUAAUGAAAAGGGCGUGGAUGUGUCAACUUGUUUGGAAAUGCGAGACAUGAGCCAAAAGAAGGUCAAGGUACCACGGAGGACCAUCUACUUUGCCAGUGGGGAAACCAUGGAAGAAUUCAGCACAGAUGAGGAGGAGGAGGAGGAAGAAGAACCUGCUCGGAAAGAUGUUCUGCCAGUAGAUACUUCCAAAAUGACUUGGGGUCCAUAUGUCUGGUUUCAAAUGUGGAGAAUGGCCACCUCCACUGUCUCAGUAUGUGAUUACAUGGGUGAGAGACUAGCUUCUUUGUUUGGCAUCACUACACCAAAGUACCAAUAUGCUAUCGAUGAGUACUACCGUAUAAAGAAGGAGGAGGAGGAAGAAGAGGAGGAGAACCGUCUCGCAGAUGAAGCAGAGCGACAGUUUGAACAGAGCAGGAAAACGAGUGAUUCUGAAACGACGCAACAACCAGAGUCCGCGUUUGUAAACAUAAACUUUGACAGUGAUCAAUCACGCGACGGCCAAGACGCUACAAAUAGUAAUUAA